AUGUCAAGUGGGCAGGUAACAGUUAACUUCUCCACGAGUGGGAAAAAAAGAUGUUGAACUAAACAGAGUUGGGGGGAAACAAAGCUGGAUUUCCUGAGCACUUUCAAACUGCAUCGACGGGAUUAUUUCUUGGAAGCAAAAGGAGAAAGUAAAAUAUGUAGGAGCUGUGCGUAAAAAUCCACAAGAUUCCUGUGAGGGGUUGAUCGGAGGGGAGGAUUGUGCCAAAGUGCGACUUGAGGAGCAGCUUAUUCAUGCAAAUUCAUAAAAUCAUAGGCGUGCCUUUGGGCGAUGGAGUCACAGCCGGAAAAACAAACCCCCUCCUGGAUCAUCAGAGAGCUUCAAAGACCGUGAUGCGCAGCGUUAGGACGCAUUGACAGUGUCACCGGGGCAAAUGUUUUAAAAGCAGCGAAAAAAAGAAGAGAAAGUUAGGUCUCGUUUUCUACACGCUUGUUGACUGGCUGCCCUUCUUCCUCAACACAACCACCAGCUCGACUGCUGCGCCACCGGAUCUCCAACCACAGGCUUACUUUACUGCGCAAACUGUUAGGCACCGCUGCAACUCUCAGUAUUUGCCUUGGGUUAUUCAUAUUUCUCUUCUUCUAUGUGUUUACAGUCAAUUCGGACGACUUCAGAUGCUAAGAAUCCUGAUGCGGAUGAAGUUGCAGUCACCCUACGAUAAAGAAUUUGUGCGCAAAGACGCCAUCACUGAUUUGCUCCUAUUUUGAGAAAGCUCUUUAAUUUUUGUAUUUUAUUUGGUUGGAAUCGCUGAGGACUCCCCUCCCCCUUCACCAUGUCAGAAGACGACAGUAGCUCCACCACCAGCAACAUGUCUGACACCGAAGGCAGCAACGUUAGCGUCCUCCACUGGGAGCAAGUGCAGCGGCUGGACGCCAUCCUGACGGAGACCAUCCCGAUCCACGGCCGGGGGAACUUCCCCACUCUGGAGAUGCAGCCGCGGCAGAUCGUGAAAGUGGUGCGGAGUCGGAUGGAGGAGAAGCAGAUCCACGUCCGGGACGUUCGGUUAAACGGCUCUGCAGCCAGCCACAUCCUGCACGGGGAUAGCGGACUUGGCUAUAAGGACCUAGACCUCAUAUUUUGCUCAGAUAUGAAAGGUGAAAGUGAUUUCCAGACUGUGAAGGACAUAGUUUUGGACUGUCUCCUGGAUUUUUUACCCGACUGUGUGAAUAAAGAGAAAAUAAGCCCGUUAACGUUAAAGGAAGCCUAUGUGCAGAAGAUGGUGAAGGUGUGUAAUGACUCAGACCGCUGGAGUCUCAUCUCCCUCUCCAACAACCGGGGAAAGAAUGUGGAGCUGAAGUUUGUGGACUCUCUUCGGCGGCAGUUUGAGUUCAGCGUGGACUCCUUUCAGAUCAAACUGGACUCCCUGCUGCUGUUCUACGAGUGCUCCGAGAACCCAAUGACCGAGACCUUCCACCCCACCGUCAUGGGCGAGAGUGUGUACGGCGACUUCAGCGAGGCCCUGGACCACCUACGUCACAAGUUCAUCUGCACCCGGAACCCGGAGGAGAUCCGAGGCGGGGGUCUGCUCAAGUACUGUCACCUGCUGGUGAGGGGUUUCCGUGCCGCCUCCGAGUCCGAGAUGAAAUCUCUGCAGCGCUACAUGUGCUCACGCUUCUUCAUUGACUUCUCGGACAUUGGCGAGCAGCAGCGUAAGCUGGAGUCCUAUCUUCAAAACCACUUUGUAGGCCUGGAGGACCGCAAGUACGACUACCUGAUGACCCUCCACGGAGUGGUCAACGAGAGCACAGUGUGCCUGAUGGGACACGAGAGGCGGCAGACCUUAGGCCUCAUAGCCAUGCUGGCGGUGCGUGUUCUCGCCGAGCAGAACGUCAUCCCCAACGUGGCUAAUGUUACCUGUUACUACCAACCUGCUCCUUAUGUGGCAGAUGGCAACUUCAGUAACUACUACAUAGCCCAGGUUCAGCCGGUGUUUGCUUGCCAGCAGCAUGCGUACUCCACCUGGCUGCCCUGUAACUGAGUCAGCCCUGAGGAAAGGUGGAGGGAGAGAGUCUGAGCUGUUUAAACAGGAAUGAGCAGCAUACUCGCCGCCUCAAACCUGCCCAGUGUUUGACAGCUGCCAGAAAAAAAAGGAGUCUUCUUUUUUAAUGUUUUGCAUCAAAGCUUGCGUUUUUGUUCAUAAAUUGAGUAUGAACGGUUGGCUUUCACCUCGAGUACUUAUUUCAAUGUGAAUAUCUCACAUUUUCUGAUUUUUAAAAUGCCAACGUCAACUGAUCCUGCCCAGACCAACCAGGUUUGGAAAAGACUCAUUUGGGUAGCUUGGCAAUCAGAGCUAAUUGCAAAUGUGUGAUGGCCUUUGAAUGCGUGCAGCACAACUGUCAUCCAAACUGCGCGAGACUGAUUGAAUCUGUCAAGAACUGAUUAGCCAGCACGUUCCAACGGCAGAGCAAACAAACGGCUGCAUCAGGGCCCUGACAGCUACUACUACUACACACACACACACACACACACACACACACACCUAGACUCUGCUGUAUGUCAGCUUAACUGAGGCAAGAUGCUGUUAAAUUAGUUUGGAUAACAAACUGGCAUCUCCGCCAUGCAUUUGGAUAUAAUUAUGGUUGUUUACACACCAAAGAUUUUUUGGGGAUUGUUUCUAACAUUAAAACCCUAUUUUGAUUGGGUGGUAAAUAAACAAAACAUGAAGCUAUGUCUAUUUGUAUAUGUGAACAUAUGUGUGUUUAUAAGUGCCUAUAAAAGAAUGAUUUUUGUGGAUUAGCCCCACUGUGUUUAUAGUCAGGCACACAAGACAAUAGCACCCCAGAGGCUUGUGAAUGUAUAUGUGAAAUCAUGCAGUCACUGUUUGUAUUUUUGGACGAAAAAGAGCACUAUGCAUUAGUGUGGAUUUUGCAGUAAAGUAGCAUUCAAAUGUGUGAUCGACGGAUUGCUGCAAGAUUCACAUUUUUGUUGCGUGAGCAUUUGGAAACUAUAUUCUAUCUUCUCUGAGGGACGAACCAAACACGCUGUAUUAGGGCUGGGUAUCGCCAAUGAUUUCCAGAAUCGAUUCGAUUCCGAUUCACAGCGUACAUUUUCGAUUGAAUAUUAAUCAGAUUGGGGGGGGUUUUCUUUUACAAUUUCUGUUACCAAUUUUGCUUGGAUAUAAAAUAGAUUCUCACAGAAUAAUAUAAAGGGGGGGGGGGGCAAUUCACCACAUCCAUGGUGAAAAGGCAUACAAAUAAAUUUGGGAUUUUAUUUUUCAAUAUCAGAUCGCUCAAACCAAAAUUGAUUUUAAUUGGAGAAUCGAUUCUUUGAACCCAACCCUAUGCUGUAUGGCAUGCCCCAAAUGAAUACAGGAAAUUGCACGUGUUAUGAGAAAGGAUGACAAGCCUUUUUUAAAUCUUCAGCAACAAGGAAAACGUUUACUCGCACACAAUUUUCUGUAUAUUUUGUACGGUGGUGCUUCUCUUUUUCUCAUCUGAGAAAAAAACAACUAUUUCUCAAGAACUAUAUAAGAGAGAGAGAGCGAGCGAGAGCGAGAGAGAGGAAAGCCUGCAGAAGGCUAUUUGCAGAGACAGCUCAGAUGAUGAGACACUAUUUGCUGUAGCACCCUGGCAGGGAAUUCCUCAGCUGCUGCUGAAGAGCUUGAACUUAGAUGGGGUUGGGUCUGCAGCCGCUCUGUUCAGAGUUCAGAAAAUGUUGUGCCAAACAUUUCAUUGGCCCCGCUCAUAGCCCUAAAGUAGAAUAGGGGCCAUAUGUUGACGUAGGAAAACAUGCUGUGUUGAUAUAGAAGAUGGGGAGAUAGACAGUAGAGGGAGAAAAAGGGAGCGGAAGGAAAAGGUAGUGGUUACAAGGCAGGAGGGAGAGUGUGUCGUCGGCCUGGAGAGAUGGGUGCAGCUGGUGAUGGGGUUCAUCCCUCUAGGGCUACCACCACCACGCGUUACUGUACAAAUGGUCUCUGUUAGGGUCAGACUACAACCGACCGGGCAGUUCUGCAGCUCUCCCCUUUUUUCAGGAAGAUCAAUCGUUCUGUUAUCAGCAUUUGCUCUCGUUUUUAAUCAGGAGUGUUGCAUCAAAAACAAGAGUGGAAAUUGAAGAAAAAUUGCAUACAUUCACACCAGCUUCAGGAGACUUUAAGUAACCUACGUUUCAUUUGUGAGGUUGCUUUAAAUGAUGCUUAGUCAUGUUUGUUUUUUUUAUGAUUCAUUCCACACCAUUUUAAAGAACUGUGUACAUAUAUUAUUACAUGCUUCAGCUUUUGCCAACUCACUUACUCCUUGCAAACUAUACUGCAGCCUUUCCUUUUGAAAAAAAAAUAUGAAUGGUUACAUUACAAGCAUUAUUUUAGGCCCAGAAGACUAGCAUCCACGUAACACUGCGUUGAAAAAAAGACACGUUCUCUGGCUGAAAAAUCAUUUCUUUCUCAUCCUGAUUCUGAUAAUCCCCUCUUGGUUGUUUUAUUUUCUCAGUGAUUGUCCACGUCGAUAGUAUCCUUUUGGAUUGUGCAGACAAUGUAUUGUCAUUUUAUACUCAGUGAAGUCCUAACAGCUGACUUAGUCUGCCUGUCAGUUAGUGCUCGUGCCUGUCAUUUAGAGGUUUGGGUUACUGCAUUGUCUUGUAUGCGUCGUCUCAAAUAUCUGUUUCUGUUCAUGCAGUCUUUUACAAAUCACACUUUGAAAAAAAAAAAAAGAUCCUUGUCUUGUAUGUAUAUUUUUUAAUGAUUGUUAUUUUUAUAAAUGUAUCAGACACUGCGGGUGUUGCAGUGCUUUUGAAUCUGUGAUUGGGCUUCAAAGGAUAUGUUCUCAAUAGCUUUUUUGCUAUGUUAUGUCAUGUGUC